CUCCCCACCCUCUCCCCAGGGACUCUACGCUAUCUCGGCCAUCCCUCACGCCAUCUUGCCAACGGUUCACUUCCAUCCCCCUUUGCCCACUCUGAAGAGGCUCCUGAUUAACCGAAUGCCGAUGGGCUCUGUCAUCAAGGUGGUCACCUUUUACAAGAGAGCCUUCUGGAAGGAGAAGGGGUUCAACGGUUGCACCAUGUCCAACUCUGGAUGUGUUACCUUCAGCAUGGAUGACACCAAGCCGGAUGGGAGUCACCCGGCCAUGAUGGGCUUCAUCCAGGCAGAGACGGCGCGGAGGAUGUGCCUGGAUACCCUGGAGCGGAGGAAGGCCAGUGUAUGUCAACAUUAUGCCCGAAUAUUUAAGAUGGAGGAGUUCUUGCACCCUGUGGACUACGUUGAGAAGAAUUGGACAGAGGAGGCCUACUCUGGAGGGUGUUACUCAAGUACCUUCGGCCCAGGGGUCCUCACCUCGUUUGGAGAGGCACUACGCCAACCAGUCGGUAGGAUCCAUUUCGCUGGCACAGAGUUGGCCAGCCAAUGGCCGGGCUACAUGGAUGGAGCCGUCCAAUCAGGCGAAAGGGCUGCCCGGGAGGUAAGAGCCACAGGGCAGAGGUGGGACAGAAGGGCAGAAUGGUCUCAGGGAUGGCCAUUAGGGGCUUCAAAGGGAGAGGGUCAUCGGCGGGAGGGGGGGGAUGAAUGGGCUUUGGCGAGUCAGGAAGGGAGUUACGUUCUGUGAGGAUGACAAUGAGAUGUUUUUAAAAAAUUAUUGAACCUAUUUUUCCCAAUUGACCUGUAAUUACACACCCGUGGAGUGGGGGGGGGGUGGUUUGAACCCAGGCUUCCUGGUCCAGAGGUGGGGACACUGCCACUGUGACACAAGAGGGCCCUAUUUGCACUUUUUUUAUUUAACUUAUUUUUCAAAUCAUCUUAUUCAGGAGUAUUAUUACGCACCUCUAGUGCAGGGAGGGGGGACAGGGAGACGAGAAUGAAGGAGUCCCAGUCCAGAGAUAGGAACAUUACCACUGUGCCACAGGAGGGCCCUGCUUGCAUUUUUUUUUUAUUUAACUUAUUUUUC